GCGAACCCUCCCCUUUAGCAGGACUCUCCGGAGCCGAGGGAUAACUGGCCUCUGAAUGGACGUAAAAACGUUCCUCGAUUUUAAAACACGACAUAACUUGUUAAUUUAGUCUUCAUAUGAAUACGGUCACAUAAUUAUUUAUAACAUUCAAUGUAUGAAGUGUUACUAGUGUCAAACAUGCGUAUUUAUUCACGUAGUCAAAGAAGAGGACCACCGACAACGGAGUUAACGUUAUUUCUUUUAAUUUAAAAUCAGUCUUGCUUAUCGGUAACUUAUUAAUAUCACUUGGCUCGCUUAUACGUGAGGGAAAUCUCUCGGACAACAGGACGGGGCUGACAACAGGCCAGUCAUCAAUUUGAUUCCUGAAACUGCCUCAUGUCCUGAGCUAUGGGGGCCUUCCUGGACAAGCCCAAGACAGAGAAGCACAAUGCCCACGGCGGGGGUAACGGUCUGCGCUAUGGCUUGAGCAGCAUGCAGGGCUGGCGGGUGGAGAUGGAGGACGCGCACACGGCAGUCGUGGGCCUGCCACACGGGCUGGACGACUGGUCCUUCUUCGCGGUGUACGACGGGCACGCAGGCUCGCGCGUGGCCAACUACUGCUCCAAGCACCUGCUGGAGCACAUCCUCUCCGGCAGCGAGGACUUUGGGCCAGGGCCCGCCGAUGUGGAGGGCGUCAAGACCGGCAUCCGCUCGGGCUUCCUGAAGAUUGACGAGAAUAUGCGAAACUUCACCGACCUGCGCAACGGCAUGGACCGCAGCGGCUCCACGGCGGUGGCGGUGCUGCUGUCGCCCGAGCACCUGUACUUCAUCAACUGCGGCGACUCGCGCGCCGUGCUCUGCCGGUCAGGCCAGGUGCGCUUCUCCACACAGGACCACAAGCCCAACAACCCACUGGAGCGCGAGCGCAUCCAGAACGCCGGCGGCUCGGUCAUGAUCCAGCGCGUCAAUGGCUCGCUGGCGGUCUCGCGUGCCCUCGGUGACUACGACUACAAAUGCGUAGACGGAAAGGGUCCCACCGAGCAGCUGGUGUCGCCGGAGCCUGAGGUGUAUGAGAUCGCGCGGUCCAUGGAGGAGGACGAGUUUGUGGUACUGGCCUGCGACGGCAUCUGGGACGUCAUGAGCAACGAGGAGCUGUGCGAGUUUGUGCACUCCCGACUGGAGGUUUACGACGACCUGGAGAAAGUGUGCAACAUAGUAGUCGACACCUGCCUACACAAGGGCAGUCGAGACAACAUGAGUGUGGUGCUGGUGUGUUUGCCCAAUGCCCCGAAGGUGUCGGAGGAGGCUGUGAAGAGGGACACAGAGUUGGACAAACUGCUGGAGUCUCGAGUGGAAGACCUCAUGGAAAAGUCUGGAGAAGAAGGCGCCCCCACCAUGGCCCACAUCAUGCAUCACCUCGCCAAAGAGAACAUCCCAAACUUACCGCCAGGAGGUGGUCUCGCCAGCAAACGUAGUGUCAUUGAGGCAGUAUACAACAGGCUCAACCCACAGAGAGAAGAGGAUGAGGAAGGCGCUGGGGGUUCAGACUCCUCCUCCUCGCGGGCCACGGCGGCCGCCCACCUGCUGGAGGCGCUGCGGCAGUUCCGCCUCAACCACCGCGGCGAGUACAGACACGUGCUGGAGGAGGCCUUGGCCAGCUAUCGACAGCCCUACGCUGCCCGCCCACCACCGCCUCCUCCUCCUGCCUCCUCCUCCUCCGCCCCCUCCCUCUCCAGCCCAGGCCACAGGGAGGAAGAGGAUGCUAAUGCUACUACUACUGCUGCUGCUGCUACUGUGCCCCGCUCCCCUCCGCCCUCCCCUGCCUCACAGUCCUCUUCUGAGGAUGAGCAGAAGCUCUCUCCCACUUGAAGAUGGACGCUCAAGCAGCAGCAGACCUAUCGCAUGACCGCCAGUUAUACACACAUAUACACGACACACAAACACACACACCGCACACAAUCAACUGCUCAUCAACAUCCAAACGGUUCCCCUUGUCCAUGGCAGUUCCGCGGGCUAUGCAGGGCUAAUCUCCUUCCGCUCACACACGGCACGACACACGCUCUACUCCUUUCCACAAUCGGCCUCUUCCACCUUUGCCCUCCUCCUGAGUGGGGCUGGGUGACGUCUGUGCAGCAUAAGCAGACCGAUGCUGAUGGCUAUUUGUUGCUAUUUUUGCUUUGUUCAUUUUGUUUUUGUGAGUUGGGCUAUCAGCAAGGUGGCAGUGGGGUAUUCCUCGCCAACAGCCUACCCUACCUGGCGCCGACCCUGAUGGUCUGUCUCUGUGUCUCAGCUCUGACUUUAUUGUGGAGAGCUUGGUCAUUGGUUUGACCUUGUUUGCUGCUGCACACAGUAGCUCAACCCAUGACUCUCUGCUGAUAACUGAAACACUAUUGGGUCCCAGUCUACAGAUGUAAACUAGUCAGCAAUACUCAAAAAAACCCACCUUCAAUUUUAUUGUAGUCAGCAAUAGGGAUGCAAACGAUUAAUAAACGAUGCAAAUCGAUUAAUUUGUUAAUUGAUUAAAAAACAUAAAUCGCAAUAAAUCGACAAUUCAACUGACAAGAAACCCAGGUGAAAUGGGCAUUUAAGAGUGAGUGAAUAGUGGUAAUAUUAAAUCACCUUUGGAUUAAAGAAAUUACAUUGAAUUCUUUUUAAUAUAGCAUUUUAUCUCACUUUUUAGAUUUAGUAGGGUUUUUUUUUCGAGAAACAUUGAGAUUUCGGGGGGAAAACACAGCUUAUCAAUUAAUCUUAAGUCGAUCGCUAAGGCAAUCAACUAACGAUUAAUGAAUUAAUCGAUCAUUUGCAUCCCUAGUCAGCAGUGUAACCCCCACGCCCCACCCCCUCAUCUAUGCAAUUGAGUGCUUACCACUGGCCUCAGCCUUGAGACUUGCCUCGCAACAUUUCUCUGCACAUAAUACCAUCCACGCCUCAAGGCGUCUCUCCAGUUACCGUAGUCUAAAGUUUGAACACUGUCGUAGUCCACAGUAAAUAUUGUGCUGUUGGCAAAGACUAAAUAUUUCUCCAAAGUGCUGCCUCUGCAGUAUGAAGCCACACACCCCCCACCCCCUUUAUCAGUACCGCACCAUAAAACCUGCCCUUUACAAUACAGUUUCUAGCAUAUAAUGCCCAGUGCGCAAACUCUUUCACAAGCGCCACAGCUUGCACAAGCCCACACAGACCUACAGCACAGCUCCGUGUAACCUCCUGACUAAGCACAGUGCUCUUGACUCUUAUCUCCUCUCCUGCUGUUUGCAGCAGUGCUCCAUAAAGUGGCGUCUCCUCAAAGAGCUGGGGAACACUGCUGUACGUCAUAGCUGCCUGCUCAUUCAGGGUUGGCUACCGUUUGUGAAUGUUUGGGUUGAUGCAUGUGAGACGUGUGUGAGUGUGAAGCUGAGCGAGAGAGAGAGAGAGAGAUUGUGAAUUUGUUUUGAGCAAUAUAAAAUUGUACUGAUUUGUGUGUGGGAUUUCUUCGUGGAGGGGUGGUUAAGGGGUGUUUUUCUCUCUGUAAGUAGUACUGUACAUGGUGGUGAAGAAAAGACUCUUUCUGCCAUAUGAUGAUGGAUGAUUGAUGUGUUCUAUGUUUGCUGUGAGGGAGUAUACUCGGAUAAUGCUGAGCGUAGAGCACAAGUAAAUCUGUCGGCGAAAGGAUCCAAAAACAGAAGCACAGUCAAAAACGUAUUAGCACUUAACCUGAGAUCACCUUACAAAGGCAGGUCCAGGAAGCCCUCUUGCUGUACUACUGUUGCCCAUCUAUUCAUCAUGGUAAUGUGAUGUAUAGAGACGCAGCAGUGCAGUGCUGCAGACCUGAGUGCUCUGGGGCUGAGCACAGCACUUACUGCUGUCUGCACUGCAGCCUGGAGACUCUUCAUGGGAUGUCGUGUCUUUUUGCACUCAUGGUCACACUGGUGUUUGUAAAAGCUUUAACACGUUUGACUAGGAGGAAAAAGUUUUGAACAUGAUCAUUUGUGUGUGUGUGUGUGUGUGUGUGUGUGUGUGUGUGUGUGUGUGUGUGUGUGUGUGUGUGUGUGUGUGUGUGUGUGUGUGUGUGUGUGUGUGUGUGUGUGUGUGUGUGUGUGUGUGUGUGGUUUGUUUUCUGACCGACCUGCUUGUUAUCUGAAUGUAUUAUCUCCUUGUUUUAGUAAAGGGCUUUUGGCUCAGGACUUUGACGCUUAGCUUCUUAAAUGAAAUAUACUAUACACAUAAUCACAAGAGUUUCUUUACAUUUGGUUUAAUAUUGUGUUUGUUUAUGCCAUUAAAGCGUUUGAAUACAGUGUUGAAUGGUUUUGGUUUAGCAGUGAAUCUAUUUUUCUUUUGCCGUUUACAAGAAAGCUUUACAAAUAAAUGUUGAUGGACUCUCCCCAGUGCCUGAGUGGUGCCCCCUUCCCCCCCAGCACAUGACUGUGUCAUAAAUGAGUCAUCUUUGGAUCUCAGGUCAAAUAAUAAAGGUUAUGAAACGCAUACAAA